AUGGUUUCCUACACUCCCAUCCGCAUGGCCGAGUUCAAGAGCGCCUACGGUCCCAAGUACCACUCUCAGCCUAACCUGGCUGGCUUCACUGUUCAGUCUGCCACCAGAAUCGGCACCCGUCUGGCCUUCUACGGCGCCCCCGCCGUCGUUGGUGUCCUCCUCUUCGCCAACGGUAUCCCCCGUGUGCAGCGCGACAUCCUCCAGAAGGUCCCCUUCCUCGGUGACUUCUUCCGCAAGGAGAUCCACCCCGCCGACAACCCCUUCUAA